UUUCGUUUUCCAUCCGAGGUGUAUUGGGUAUCUACUUCUCUCUGGCAGGAGAAGAAUACGAAGAAGGGUUGUUCUUUCGCAUAGAGCGGCUUUACUCAAGAUCCAGGUUCUGUAUUGGAUUCAUGAAGCAUUCUUAGGGUUUCUUCUAUUAUUUCCCCCUCUCCAGCUUCUCUCGAGCGUCGAUAUAUUCUCUCUCUUUUGAUCUAGGGUUUAUGCUUGAGAUAGGGUUGGGGGGAUUGCGGUAUUCGUUUCCGAGAUUUCGUGGCGUCUUUCAUUAUCUUCUUAUUUACACUCGCCUUAGCAAAGAGUUCGUGAUUUGUGACGAGGAGGAGGGGUUUCCGGUGUGUUGAAGACAGAAGAAUCGCGGGUUUUGAUGCGCAAACCUGGGUUUUCUAGGGCCUGCGGGGAUAAAUCUUACUCCCGCGGUUGACAUGUGCAGAUUUAAGGGGUUAGUCUUAUGGCACCGACAGUUCUUGUAGAGUACACUGGGCAGAAAGAGUCGAAGAAAUACUCACGGAAAGUUUCGGUUGCAAUGAUGGGGAGGACGCAGAGGUCCUCAAAAGGAUACUCUUCUGGUUUCGUACCGGAUUAUCGUCAUGCUGCUGAAACAAUCGGUGAGUCCGAAGGGCUUGGUAGUUCAGGUCGGGUGAACACGGAGAUGACAGCUUCAGAGGAUUCUUGUGCUCCCAAGAGAAAAUGCAUUAGUCUGAAUGUUGAUAGGUGUGAUGGUUUUGCCGUCCCCAUACAGGUCCUGUCAGUAUCAAAGAUGUCACGCUCAGAAAGGAAGGAAUUGGUACUGAGACUCAGGACGGAGCUUGAACAGGUUAGGGUUCUUCAAAAGAAGAUUGCCGUGCGGUGCACAAAUGGUGUUGUUGCUGUCUCAUCUACCAGUGACAUUCGCAGUGGCAGUAAUGGGCAAAAGAGGCCUACACACGAGAAUUUACGGAAGUCUUUAGAAUUAUCUUCUGGGCAGGGUAAGAAACGGGUUCCUCCUGGUCGGAAUGGGCCCAACUUGAAGCGAGGUCUUUCAGGAAGGUUUGAAUCUGUGAAGCAGAUACCCCCAUCAAGCACAACAGAUGCAAUGUUAAUGAAACAGUGUGAGGCACUUUUGAAACGUUUAAUGAGUCAUAAUUAUGCAUGGGUCUUCAAUACUCCUGUUGAUGCAGUUAAAUUGAACAUUCCUGAUUACUUUACUGUCAUCAAGCAUCCGAUGGAUUUAGGCACGAUUAAGAGCAAGCUCCAUUCUGGUGCAUACUCAAGUCCAAUGGGUUUCGCUGCUGAUGUGAGGCUUACUUUUUCCAAUGCGAUGACUUAUAAUCCCCCUGGGAAUGAUGUUCACGCUAUGGCUGAUGCUCUCAGUAAAUACUUCGAAAUGAGGUGGAAACCUAUUGAGAAGAAACUUCAGGUAAAUGAUCCACAGCCAAUUCCUGCCAAAUUGAGCAUUCCUAGAGAAGAUGAUGGUAAACCAAUGCCACCAUCUAAAAAAAGGAAAAUCUUUUCAACAAAUCAUAAGGUUAAGCCAGAGUCAGUUAAGUGGAUCAUGACAGAUGAAGAGAAGCAUAAAUUGAGCAAAGAAUUGGAAUCUUUGCUAGGAGAUAUUCCGGAAAAUAUUGUUGAUUUCCUGAGAGGACAUAGUUUUAAUUCAUCUCAGACGGGAGAGGAUGAGAUUGAGGUUGAUAUUGAUGCUCUGAGUGAUGAAACAUUGUACACAUUACGAAAGCUUUUAGAUGAUCACUUGCGGGAGAAACAAAUGAACCAGGCAAAAGUCGAACCAUGUGAAAUGGAGAUUUUGAAUGAGUCUGGACUUAGCAAUUCGUCAAUGCAGCCUUGCAAAGGCAAUGAACCUGCUGAUGAGGAUGUAGAUAUUGGUGGGAAUGAUCCACCAGUCUCGAGCUACCCUUCAAUCGAGAUAGAAAAGGAUACAACACACAGAAACAGUAAAUGCAGUAGUUCUAGUAGCUCCAGCAGUGAUUCUGGUUCUUCAUCUAGUGAUUCGGAUUCAGCCAGUUCUUCCGGCAGUGAGUCAGAGGGUGCUAAAGCUACAUCUCCAAUGAAUACAACCAAGAAACUGGAAACUUUAGGUUCUGGGAUGGAGCUAGAACAAAAGAGAAGCAAUCCUAUUGAUUCACAUGAUGGAAAUCAAUCUGUCAGUGGAUUAGAUCAACUUGAACAAAAUGCCCCAGCUAAACCAGUUUCUGUUGAGACAAAUGAGCACCAUGAGGGGGACAGUGUUGCAUCCGAGAGACACGUCUCCCCUGAAAAGUUGUAUCGGGCAGCUUUGCUGAGAAGCCGUUUUGCUGAUACUAUCCUCAAAGCUCGAGAAAAGGCACUUGAUCAGGGUGAAAAAGGGGAUCCUGAGAAACUGCGACGUGAGAGGGAGGAACUCGAAAAGCAGCAAAGAGAAGAGAAAGCUAGGUUGCAAGCUGAAGCAAAGGCUGCUGAAGAUGCUCGAAGGCAAGCUGAAGCAGAAGCUGCAGCUGAAGCGAAACGAAAGAGGGAGCUUGAGAGAGAGGCGGCACGUCAGGCACUGCAGAAGAUGGAGAAGACGGUUGAGAUAAAUGAAAAUUGCCACUUCCUAGAAGACUUAGAAAUGCUUAGGGCAGCACCUGCUGAGCAUUUGCCAAGUUCUGUAGAUGAAACAAGUCCAGAUCACUCUCAAGAUGGUAUGGGUGGUUUCAAAUUCCGGGGUAGUAGUAACCCCUUGGAACAACUUGGAUUGUACAUGAAAAUGGAUGAUGAGGAGGAGGAAGAUGUUGAACCAAGCAGUGUACCGGACCCAGUAAAUGAUGUAGAGGAAGGAGAAAUAGAUUGAUUGAUUGGAUCUAUUUUAAUUCUUGCCUGCAUAUAAAAAAUAUAUAAUUAUAAAUAUUCUUGCACUAACCAAACCAAAGGGCUUGGUCCCAACAGCUUGGUAAGUAACAUCGGCGGGGCACUCGAGUUCUCUUUUUUUUUUUAGCAACGAGGCACAAGAAUAUCUCUUCCGACUCUCUGAUCAGAUCAGCCAAGUGAUGAUACGCAUGGACUCUUGGGGUGCAGACUGGAGACUGGAGAUGCAUCAUACAUCUACUCUAUUUGGGUUUGUGGCUUGAUUUUGGCUUUUUGACUUGCGCGGAGUGGCCUGUAUGUUAUUUCUGCACUUUCUGAAGAGUGUUUGUAUUUUGGGUUCCAAAAGCCAAAAGGGUAAGUAGCCAAUGAUGUCCAAGUCCAAGUACGUCGUGUUAAGCUUGUGUUUAUUUGCUGUAAAUAGGAUACAUACACUUGCAUCCUGGCAUGGGGGUAGUAGGUGGCAUCGAUGUUCAAGAGUGAGAAAGAGGGAAGCUUGUUGCAUCUCACGGGGGUUGUGUUCAUGCCGUAAUGGACCGAAUGGGCUAAUGGUCUUGACUCCUAAACUGUACAAAAGAUAAAAUCUGAAGAUACAUGACAUUUCUUUUCAUUCUUAAAAUCAGAUAUUCAGAUGGUCUCCUGAGCCUCUCACUAUC